UAGAUGGUUGGGAGAUUCACUUUUCUUUCAUGAUGAAUCGACGAUUCUUGGUGGAGCUAAAGUUUGGAGUAGACAUGGCGCCAAUUCCCACAUUAUUUUCUUCAACAGUUGAUGAAGGAUCACUCAGCCUCUUCUUCCCCUUUAGUUCAUUCAGAUUCUGAAUCACAAGAGUUGCUUGGUCUCCUUCAUCAUCAAUCCUUAUAUAGUACGUGUUUUUCUUUGAUCCAUACAAUUCAGAUGGGAUAGACAUCAUCAAUCCUUAUAUGUUUCUCUCAAGUGGGGGAAAUGGAAGCACACGUUACACGGUGGCAAGGGAUGAAAGAUUGAAGAAAAGAAACCCAAUAUCCCAAAAACCUAGCUUCUUCCGAUCCUCUUGUGGUUGCGCCGCUUCUGCCAAAGUGUGGGUUCGGGGAUCUGAUUGAGGCAGCAGGCUGUUUCUGAUUCCUGGAAAAGAACAGAAUGAGAGGUCUGAUUCAGAUACUGGUCCGAAAUGAGUCCGUGAUUUGGAAAGUUGUGUGACUUGUGUCAGCCAUGAUUGGCCUGGUUUGUUUUGGUCUCAGCUCCACCUACAAAAUGUCAUUUGGAAAGUUGGGUUCUGCGGGUCUUCUUGUUUAUGUAGUGGUCGUUUUAUUUCUGUGGCUCCUCACCUGGCGGGCCAAGAGAAUUAAAGUUCAAGAAGGACUCCGAGGCCUUGUGGUAGCUCCAUUUUUUGGUAUCAUCUGUUUGAUCUCCGUAACGCAUGAUAAACUUCUUCUUGGAAAAUCAGAUGCGUUGAGCAUUAUCUCGUAUGGUUGUUUUGGCUUGGUGUCGCUGUCCAUGUCAGCGGAGAAUGAGCUUUGAAUCGAAACAGGGUUCUCCGGUUUUUUCCUGUCAAUGUUUACCUCACAACUUGCCAAGAUCAAAUUGGCUUUCUCAGCCACUGCUAUAGCUUUCAGCUCGGUCGUCAUUUUUCUUCGCUACUACUUCCCCGAAUCUAUUGGCUAUCAUCAUAUUAAUGAGACCCAACAUCCCGCAGGGGCGGCGGCAGAUGUUCCUGCGAGCAGUCAGCAACUGAUGAAGAGGAAAGUCGUUUCUCUGCUGAUGAACAUACGCCUCAUUCCCUAAGCAUUGGAGAACCUGUAGAGGGAAGCAUGCCAAUUAUACGAGAUUGGGACAAUCAGCAAACAAAUGAAGAAGAGGAAACUCCUUCGUCUGUUCAAUCUACCCAGGAUCCUGCAGAAGUUCCUAGGAACAAUCAGCAAAAUAACGAAGAGGGAACUCGUAUAUCUGUUGAAGCUACGCAACAUUCCCCAAGCAUUGGAGAAGCUUCAGGGGAGAGCAGAGUAAGCAUAUCAAAGCGGGAACGUCCGCAAAGUAAUGAAGGAAAGGGAAGUCGUUGGUCCGAGGAAGCUGAAUCCAGGAACCAAUAUGAGGUUUCAUCAGGAAACGCCGAUGUCGCAAUGGAAAACGGCUGGAUGCAGAGUAAUGCAGUGCAAGGCCUAAGGAGGAGGCCGGGGAGGAUGGCGCGUGAGAUUGAAAACGUGGCAAGCAGCGUUGGAGAUACUCCUGAGCGUAGGCGCUGCCAGGUGGCCCUCCCUCUUUUUUUUUUUUAAUCAGUGAUUGCAUUUGGGGAAAGGUUCACCUUUGCCGCCGUCCUCUGAAAAGCGCCCCGUACCUCAUUCUUGUCCCCCGGAGUCUGAACCCUUGACAGUGACAAUUAUAUUUUUAUUUUUUAAAAUAUAUGAAAGUCUUUGUCUCAUCUUCCAACACGGUUCUCACAUCUGUCUACAACUUUGCAUCCCUCUAGUUCUUCCUCAUCAGAUGAAACGCACCCCGCCUUUCCCAGUGUG